AUGAACCUUCUCGUGCUGCAACCUUCCAAGUCACCAACCAAGCGUCCCCUCCGUAGAACAAACACUCCCUCCAGACCACCUCCCCAUACCAUCUCAGGCAAGAUGGACGCCGCAACCUUCGCCUCUCUCUUCGACGAGAACGGCGCCCUCAUCUCACCAAGCGAAGAGUUCGAGCGGUGGCUCGCAUCCAACCCGGAUCUCGACACGCCGGUCCCGGACUUCUCGCUCGAAAAUCACAUGCUUCCAAACGCACCUGGUCCGAGCGUAAACAAGCUUACCAGCCCCCUUCUUUCGUCCCCCGAACAACAAGACGCGAUUGAAGCUCCAACUUCUCUUGCACCACCCACCACCGCGCUCUCUCAAGCGAACAACAUCAAGGCUUCACCGAUCACACCACCCACCACUCUCCCCCUGCGCCGAUUCCGCGACGCGCACCUUUCGCAAGCCGCCGCGGAUGAGACGCCUUCGAAGAAGACACCGCAACCGCAACCCCACCCAAGCCCCAGCAGUGAGGUCGCGUUCUGGUCGCAGCUCACGCGCAUCCGAGACAACCAGGGCCAGGUCGCCACCAGAAGCAACGCGCAACUCUGGAAAGAGCAUCCUUCCCUCCAAAAGCAACUGCUCCAGAGGCUCGACCAGGUCCGGUCGAAGCAGCUCGAGAUGGCGGCGCAACCACAGCAGUCUGGGCCGUCCAGAGCAUCUUCACCCGGACACGGUCCACCGCCGGCUGGCAUCUCUUACUCUACCACUCCUCACCCAUCGUCUUCUUCCACAACAACUCCCGCCUCAGCCGACACGCACGUCACCCGUCCGACGUCUGCUGCCGCACCGCAGGCAUCGGCGACAACAGCGACUCCACCGAGCAGGCCAGCGCUGGCACCGGCGCAAAAAGAUACGGCCGGCAAACCCCUGAGGUCGACUUGCGGCAAGUGCAGCGGCGCCCUAGUACUCAACGGGCAGAACGACGGCGUAUUCUGCACCAAAUGCUUCAAGAAGGAGUACGGAGCUCCCUCCAAGCCGAAAAAGGGAUCAAAGGCUCAGCAGGAUUCGGAGGUCUCCACUCCUGUCGUGCAGCAGGGCCAGCAAUCACAGACACUACCGCACUUGGUCCCGGCAGGGCUGCAGGCGAGUAGCAAGUCGGCAGGCCCCUCUAUGAUGCCACCAUCUCAGGCUGCCCAAGUCCAGACCAUGCCAGCGGCUCCAGGCAUGGAUGCGAUCGACUUCGGCCAGUACGCCACCACCCUGGUCCACGACUCGGCAACCGAAGCCCGCAAUUACACCAUCCACCCCCCAUCCCAGGACUGCAACAAGCUCGGCCUCCCCACAGACGACUGGCUGCUUGUCAAGACCACCCUCUUCCACCCUCUCUGCCUCCAACUCCUCUCCGCCUUCUGCCACCCACCAUCCCUCGACAACGACCAAGCACGUAACGCCUUCGCCAACGCACGCCGCUCCACCGAGACCUUCGAAGGCAAGAAGAUGCUGCAAGCUCGCAUCAUGGUCGCGGUUCAAAGCGCCGUCGCCCUCCACGAGUUUGGCGUGCCCAAGAUCGUGACAGACAAGUCGGCGACUGGGAGGGGCUUCACACCAGACUGCACCUUGACGUGCCACCAGCGGGUGCUGAAGAUAAUUGAGGUGGUGAUGGAGCACGCACAGAUUAAGGAGGAUCUCGCCAAGGGCAAGAGUCUGGAGGAGUUGGUGCGGAAUCCAAGCGAUGUUCUGGAACGGAAGUACAAUAACAAGCGCACCAACAACAAGAAGAAGAUUGCUUCGUUGUUGGCUAAGAGGGUUCAGUCGUUCACGGAUGAGCAUGACCGUCCGCCGACCAAGGAGGAGCGGAUUGGCAUGGAAGCUGAAGUGACCGCUCUGGUGGAGGGCAAUCCAGGUCGUCGGGCGCAGUCCGCGGCCUGUCAAGACGAGGAGGCCCCUGUCCGGAAGCUGGCAGGCAAGCGCGGACCCAAGCGCGGUCCGAAGCGAGCCCGUGAGGAUGACAGCCCAGAUAUGGACGAGGUUGAAGGUGGUCGGUUUUUGCCUCGUGCAAAGGUCUCACAUGACCAAGGUUUCGGACAGAUGAUCGGCCAGCCGGAUCUUCAGCGUCGCCUUCAGGAGCAGCGCGACUCCUUCAUCGACACCCCGACCCACAACUCCGCAUACGGUCCAGCUCCGUAUUCAGUCACAACAGCUCCAGACCAAGCCAGCUGGUUGCCGUCACUCAAUCGGCACAUGCAGGAGCGACGAGCGGAGGAAGCUGCGACAACGGCAGAAGGCCAGGCCAGCGCCGGCUCCUUCACGGACUUUCCAGUCGCAGAUGCCUACGGUCAGGCGCCGCGUAGUGAGGCUCCAGAUGCUCAAGGACCUCCAAUCGAUCAGCCGUACCAGGGAGCUUUCGGAGAUGCUUCUGCAUGGUCCUGCUACGGCCACGGCUAUCAGGACAUCAUGCAGCAGCGACCGCAGACUGCUGACAGUACGGGCGCUGAUGGAGAUGCCUCUGGCGAUUUCAAGUACGACCCGAACGCCAUGGAUGACGUGGACUUCGAGGAGUACCUGAAUCAGUCGGCCGUUGAGGGUGCGUCUGGAUGGGCGUUCGGACAGCCGUGA